GAAGGUUGCUCUGCGUGUAGAAACAUUUUUCACCCGGUCCAAACCGUGUUUCAGUGGCGUACGAGGCGUUGCAUCGAUCAGUUGGGUUCGGUUCGGUGUUCUAGCGUCGCCUGUAGUUCCCGUCGUUCCGGUACACGAGAAAACCAGCAGCAGGGUGUGUGGGGGUUUGAGCAUCACCACCGGUACGUGGUACGGUACCUUAAUUAAUAUUGUCGGUCGACCCGGACCGAUCCGGAGGUGCCCGGAGGUGGAAUAUCUGUGAUAGCGUGUGCGCGAGAGGUGAUCAAUGUGUGAAUAAGUGAGCGAAAAUAGGCGCGUGGCUCACUCCUUCAGCUCAAUCUGGCGCGCGAUCAGGAAGAAGCUAUGGAAAAUUAAUUAGUGCAAACAAUCGAGCCUACAGCGAGCAAUUAGUGUGAUUAGUGGGCUUAAACGUGAGCGUGAUCGUGAGGGUGUGUGUGUUUGUCAAGUUGAAAACCUGUCGAAGUCGCUCUAAGCUAGAUCGCCGAUAAUGUUGGUGCCACCAGAAAUGAUUGCCGUGCAGUCGAAGCUUAUCUACCAGAUGAACAAAUACUGCGCCGAUCGGGUGCAAGCCCGCAAGGCGCAGAUCCACAAAACCAUCCAGGAAGUCUGUCGCGUGGUACAGGAUGUGCUGAAGGAGGUCGAGGUACAGGAACCUCGGUUUAUUUCCUCCCUCAACGAUUACAACGGCCGGUACGACGGACUGGAAGUGAUAUCCCCGACGGAGUUUGAAAUAAUCAUCUACCUCAACCAGAUGGGUGUGCUAAACUUUGUGGACGACGGAACUCUGCCCGGAUGUGCAGUGCUGAAGCUGAGCGAUGGCCGCAAACGCUCGAUGUCGCUGUGGGUCGAGUUCAUCACCGCUUCGGGGUACCUUUCGGCGAGGAAAAUUCGCUCCCGCUUUCAGACACUGGUCGCGCAGGCCUGCGACAAAUGCGCCUACCGGGAUUCGGUCAAGAUGAUCGCCGACACCACCGAGGUGAAGCUGCGGAUACGAGAACGGAUAAUAGUACAAAUUACACCGGCCUUCAAGUGCGCCGGGCUGUGGCCACGGUCCGCGUCGCACUGGCCGCUGCCCCAGAUACCGUGGCCCCAUCCGAACAUUGUGUCCGAGGUGAAGACGGAAGGGUUCGAUAUGUUGUCGAAGGAAUGUGUGGCGCUGCAGGGGAAGAACUCGGCGAUGGAGGGCGAUGCGUGGGUCCUCAGUUUCACCGAGGCGGAGAACAAACUGCUCCAAGGUGGCUGCCGGCGGCGCUGUCUCAGCAUCCUGAAAACCCUGCGCGAUCGGCACCUGGACCUGCCCGGCAAUCCGGUCACGUCCUACAUCAUGAAAACCCUGCUGCUGUACGAGUGCGAGAAGCACCCGCGCGAGAUGGAAUGGGACGAGAACUGUAUGGGCGACCGCAUCAACGGUAUCUUCCUGCAGCUGAUAUCGUGUCUGCAGUGCCGUCGCUGUCCGCACUACUUCCUGCCCAAUAUGGACCUGUUCAAGGGCAAAUCGCCGGGUGCGCUGGAGAAUGCCUCCAAGCAGGUCUGGCGACUGACUAGGAUUAUGCUCACCAACUCGCGGUGUCUCGAGGAACUGUAAAGGCGGGUCCCCGGUUUCCUCGGAGGGGUUGCCUCCAAACAAGUCAAAAUACUACACGAAUGAGUGAGCGAAAGAGAGAAAGAGAGAUCGAGUGUUUCGUACUAGUUCAAGUCCUAAAUUAUAACCUACUCAGUAUACUUACACGACAAUUUGUGUUGAAAACGAAAAACAGCGCGGAGAAAUAAGAAUCGCAUAAAAUAAUGAAUAACUUAUGUCUAACCUUUAAGGAAUCAAUGUAUACCUAAACUCGUAGCAUGUAAGCGAAAAACUACCGAACAAAUGAUGUACUAGCAAAAAUAUAAAAUUAUUAAGAAAAGACAAGCGGGGACGAAUUCAAAGUUCCGAUUCUCAAAUGGCAUGGAAUAAACCAAUUU